AAAAUGGCGGUGUGUGAGGGUGGGUUAGAGGGUGGGCGUAGGGGCAGCAGCGGGCAGCAGUGCCCACACACACUACCACACUCCCUCCACUAGCGGCUCUACCACCUCUUCGUCUACACUAUAUUCAACACAGAUAAAUCUGUACUUAUUUGAAAAAUAUGUUAAUUUGAAGCCUUGAAGUUUAACAUUCAAAGAAAAUGGAUAUUCUAUAAUUAAUCGUAGUUUCUUUAACAUUCUCCAGUAAUGAUUAUAGUGAUGAGACAUGCAUUGAAUGAUUGAGUUUUAUUCUUACAUAAAACGGAGUGAAUUAAUUUAUAAUCAUAAGUAUAGAGGAGGAAAAAUAGAAGUUGAGAAAAAAAACAGGAACAUCGCCAUGGGUCGAUUUAUGAGGAUCUGCCGUCUGCUCCCAGUCAUGUUAAAGCGCUACUGGUUUGUGGUAGCGUGGAGUGCAGCGUGCGGUGGAGCAUUCUACUGGGACUACAUGCGCUACAAGAAGCAACCUCAGUAUUACUACACACGACGCAUGCUCGGGCUUGGACUGUGUAUAUCUCGUGGGUCUGCGGCAGUGCUGAACCUCUCCUGCUGCCUGGUGGUGAUGCCCAUGUGUCGAGCCCUGGCCACCACCCUCGCCACCUACCUGUCUUGUCGCCGCCCACACCACCGUAUACCCACUCUCCCAGCCACCCUGGCCGCCCCUGCUACCCAUGCUGCUAAGACUACACAUCUCUUACUCGCGGCUACCGUUGUUGUUAGUGCAGUGGUACAUACUGGAGCUCACUUGUCCAAUGCUGUUAACUUUUCCCGUCACUACAGCAGCCGCUAUCCAGACCUCAAUGUGGCGAACUACAGGGGUGAGAGCCCUCUGCGUAUCUUCGUGGCAACAGUUCCAGGAGUAACAGGAGUGGCAAUGAUGGUGAUACUGGCUGUCUUGGGAGUCACCUCUACCCGCUGGGCUAGAAAAAGGAACUAUGAUGUGUUCUUCUACACUCACCACCUUGGUCUCAUUUUCCUUCUCCUGCUUGUAAUUCAUCCAAUCAGUGGUGUUCUCAAGCAGCAGAAGAACCUUCAUGGACACAUCCCAGGUUGUCAGAUGUAUGGAGACUCCCACACAAAUGAGGAAGGAUUUCCUGAGCCUAGCUUUGUGGGUAACUACUCGACCCCAGACCACAGUCUUAUGAACGAAGAGAAAAAGGAUAGAAUUAGCUACCACACCUUGCAGAAGAGUAACCAAAAUAAUGCUGACCACCAAGAAACAUACUCUGAGCUUGAGCCAGACUUUGGUUAUCCAGAACCAGAUCCUUACAAUGGCAGCCCUCUGCCUAAUUCGGACUCGCAUUACACUGAACCUGAUUCAUAUAAUGAGGGUUAUGGAUCUGAUUCUGACAAUGAUUAUAUUGAACCCAUUGCAGAAUAUGGUUAUCCAGAACCUAUUCCAUAUAAUGGAAGCCCUGUUUCUGACUCUGAAUAUGGCUAUGCUGAACCUGGCACAGGUUAUAGCUAUACUGACCUUGAUGCUGAUCAUAGUUACCUUCAAUCAACUUCAAAUGUAAAUCAUCCCAGCACUGGACUUCAUACUCGCCAAUUUUCUACCAAGGAGACUUCUGAGGCAGCAGGAAAGAGUAUAGUUGCUCAGGGAGAAGUAAAGCCACAGAAGCAGAGCAAAAAGCAAAAUAAAUGUCUGAAAGCACCAGAGUUUGGCUCCAUUCAUUCUCAGACAUGGGUAUGGGUUGCAGUAGCAGUAACGGUAUGGGCAGCAGAUUGGGCAGUGCGGCUGUGGCGGCGGCGUGAGUAUGUGCAGGUGUUGAGGGUGGUUCACCAUCCUUGUGAUGUAGUGCAGCUUACCCUCAGACAGUCUGGCUUUUCAUGCACUCCUGGUCAGUAUGUGCUGGUGCAGUGCCCAACAGUGUCGAGGUUUGAGUGGCACCCUUUCACUGUGACCUCACCACCAAGCCAGCACUGCCCUGAUACCUUCACCAUCUUUAUGCGAGUGAGAGGGGACUGGAGUAGUCAUGUUGCAGCUCUCUUACACCCUGAUAGAAACUCGUAUUCAAAAACACUCGCUAUUAACUGUCAGGAAAAUUACAUGCAUCAACGCUGUAGCACAUUUCCACAGUCUAGUCCAGCCACUCGAGCUAUGCCAUCUUGUCAACUCUCAUCAGUUAGUCACUUAACUUUGCUUUCUCCCACAUUUCCAUGCACAAAUCCAGUGUUUGCUCCUUUACCUCAUGGUGCAAAAACUUACUCGUAUGUGCCCUCAGUAGAUGAAUUUAAAAAUUUUUCUUUUUCACCGGGGGUGUAUGAAACUAAAACAGCCAAUUAUUUGCAAACAAAACCAGUAUAUCAUUCAAAUUUAAAUGUAAGAUAUGAUAUCAGCUCAGGCUCUAACAAGGUCAACCUAAAUUUGGUUAAUUCACAUAGACCCCUAUUGAGAACUGAUAGACAUUCUAAAACUUCCCGUUUAAGGAGGAUGCAUCCAUAUUCUAAAAACAUGGUGCUGCUGAAUUCCAAAACUCAUAGACACUCAAAAUUAUGUAAUCAAUGCAUGACUGUAGACAGAGCUGAUGAAACCUAUACAGAGCAUGCAUUAAACACAGAACCAGGUACUCGUUUAGUUGAUCCACAACACAUUUACAAAAGUACAUUUACAAACACAAAGAAGAGCUCUUUGUCUAGUAGAAAGUGGUCACUUAAAAGUGAAAGUGGGAAUUUAACUCAAGACAGAAACUACCAAAGCAUCCUCAUUACAGAAGCAUCAAGUGUAAGAUUACAUGUGGAUGGGCCCUUCAGCUCUUCAAGUGAAAACAUGUUAAACUAUCCUGUGGUAAUAGGCACUGCAGGUGGUGUGGGCAUUACACCUUUGGCUGCAACCCUCUCGCAUAUCUUGUGUUGCAAGUCCCCAUGGCCUGAGCGAAUACACGUCGUGUGGGUUGUACGAGAUGCUCGCCUCUUUUUGGCUCUAGCACCUUUAUUAUCUAGUCUCCUCCUCCACUGUUGGGAUGCUCACACAGAGGACCGUCUGGAACUUCGCCUCCAUGUUACUACACCAACAUUGCCAGGGCUGCUUGAGGAAUUGUUUGCAAAAGAACAUCCUAGUUUACUGCCGCGCAUCACACAAGGUCGGCCACCAUGGAAGCACCUAUUUAGAGAGUGGCAGCAAAUAUACACAAGGAAUAAGGUUGGAGUGUUUGCAUGUGGGCCAGCAAAGAUGCGCCACCAAGUGAAGAGACACUGUCUUUCAUCAGUCUCCCGAGGAGCACCAUUCCAAUAUCACCAGGAAUCUUUUUCUUGAUAAAUAAACCUGGUCCUAAAAAUAACUGGAAAAUAUUGGCUAGAAAAUCUUUGCAAUAAAAUUUAAGUAUUGGA